CAUGUGUGUGUAUUCACUGCGUUUUCUGACGAUGCGAUUCAUCGUGCAUUUGUGAUUUGUCGUAAUAUUUCGUCACUGACUCAUUUCCCAUCUUUGUCAAACUUUAAGGUGAGGUACUGAGCAAUUUGAAAAAAAUUCCGAUGAUUUAAUCCGGUAGAUUUUCCAAACGCUGUUAUUUGAUCGCUUAAUGAUCAUUGCCUGGAUCUGGGAGGCUGGGAAUAAUGCAGGCUAUUAAGUGUGUUGUGGUCGGAGACGGUGCUGUCGGUAAAACAUGCCUGCUGAUCAGCUACACAACAAACGCUUUUCCUGGAGAGUACAUACCCACCGUAUUUGACAAUUAUUCCGCCAAUGUUAUGGUGGAUGGCAAACCAAUAAACCUCGGAUUAUGGGAUACAGCAGGACAAGAAGAUUACGAUCGUUUAAGACCGCUCAGUUAUCCCCAGACAGAUGUUUUCCUUGUGUGCUUCUCAAUUGUUAAUCCUGCUUCCUUUGAGAACGUGCGCGCUAAAUGGUACCCCGAAGUGAGCCAUCACUGCCCUAAUACGCCUAUUAUUCUGGUGGGCACAAAACUUGAUUUGCGGGACGAUAAGGAUACGAUCGACAAGCUGCGUGAGCGCAAACUGGCGCCCAUAACGUAUCCUCAGGGAUUGGCCAUGGUCAAGGAAAUUCGUGCCGUGAAAUACCUGGAAUGUAGUGCCCUUACCCAAAAGGGUGUGAAGAAUGUCUUCGACGAAGCUAUACGAGUGGUGCUGCUCCCUCCUCCGAAACCACAAAACAAGAAAAUUUGCACUCUGCUGUAACCGUUCCAAUAGGGAAUUUCUAGAAUUUUCCUCCGUUUUUGUUAUUGUAGUUGUGGUUACUAAUCUUGCGAUGUUGUAUUGUGCAUUUUAAGGUCAUGGCUUAAUCGAGUAGGUUUGGUGCGGUUUGGUUUCCUUUCUGGGAUUGGAUCAAUUUUUUCUUCCGCCUUGAUCGGCUUUAGUGCCAUGACUCGCCGGUCUUGGACUUGUGGCGAUUACUUUGAAUUUUCGGGAAUCUUUUUUUAAAUGCUAUUCUGAAAAUUGAUACACUGUGCUAUGCCGAACCUGUUUGAGGCCGAUUGCUUGUCAGCUAAGAUGUACCGUAACACAGAAAA